CAAACCCCUCGAUCCUCGCCCAAGAUGCUUCCCUACAUCCUGGCCUUGUGCCUAAACCUCUGUCUCGCGCUGGCCGCCAGCAGAACCUCCGCCCCCUCCGGCGCCCUCAUCGUCUCCAAAGCUCCCUCAAAAGGCCAAUACUCCANNAAAAUCCAAGACGCAAUCAAUGCCCUCUCGACCACCUCCACUACCGCCCAAUCCAUCUUCAUCGAAGCAGGCACCUAUACCGAACAAGUCUACAUCGCACCCCGCAAAGCUGCUUUGACCAUAUAUGGAUACUCGACAAAUACGGACGACUACAACAGUAAUGUGGUUACCGUUACGCAAAAACUGAGCUUGCAUGAGGUUGCCACAGACGAUUUGACUGCUACUCUGCGCGCUUGGAGUACGAAUUUCAAACUGUAUAAUGUGAAUUUGGUGAAUAGUUAUGGAUCAGGAGGGCAAGCUCUGGCGUUGAGUUCUGCGGCUGGUAACCAAGGCUUUUACGCCUGCAAACUCUCCGGCUUCCAAGACACAAUCCUCGCUCAAACCGGCACUUCCCUCUUCGCAAAUUCCUACAUCGAAGGCGCUACAGAUUUUAUUUUCGGUCAACACGGUUCAUCCUGGUACUCUCACUGCGAUAUCCGCGUUUUGGCUGCUAGCCAGGGCUACAUUACCGCUUCAGGACGCGCAUCCAAUGAAGCCGGUUACUAUGUCCUCGAUCACUGUUCUAUUGCUGCCAAAUCGGGGCAGUCGGUGCCAAAGGGUGCGUAUUAUCUGGGCAGGCCUUGGGGUGAUUAUGCGAGGGUUGCCGUGCAGUAUACGACCAUCACCAAUGUUGUUAAUGCGGCCGGUUGGCAUAUCUGGAAUGCUGGGGAUGAGAGGACUGAUCAUGUUAGUUUUGGCGAGUAUGGCAAUACUGGAGAUGGUGCUGCGGGCACUAGAGUCAUUGGGUCAAAGUUGAGCAAGCCUGUGCUCAUUACCGAUGUUUUGGGCAGUGGGUAUGCUAGUGCUGCAUAUGUCGACAAGGCAUACCUCUAA